AUGGGUCACAUAGAGGAAGAGGUAUCAUGGCCGCUUGGCAAAAAGGGCAAGCGUGUUUCCUUUCCUCCGGAUGAACUGAUGGUGUCAGGCUUUGCAGAGAGCAAGGAUGCACUCCAGGAUGGCGUUGACUUAGAUCAUCACUCCUGUGAGUCUCUGGAGGAGAUUCUGAAAUGCAUCAAGUUUAAUCUGAUCAACCUGCAAGAGGCAAAACUGGAGGAAAAUGGAGCAGCAUCACUUCUCGAUAUGAUUUUAUAUUACGAAUCAGCCACACAACUCGAUCUUUCCUCCAGCACCAGUAUGGGAAUUUCAGGCUGGCAGGCCCUCUCACGUUUACUUAAACAGAGCGAGUGUUUGUGGAGGUUGGAUUUGUGUAACGUCCCCAUGCUGGAGUAUCCUGCUCAGGCCCUGUCGAAAGCUCUUCUUACCAGCAGACUGACAGUCCUGCACCUCGAAAACACCUGCCUGAGUGGAAAGCCCCUCUUUACACUGGGUAUGUGA